GCUGUGUGUCCCAUUGAAAAGGCGGUCGCACUCCGGACCGUGAGCACUCACUUCAAGCCAGGGAACGUGGAAGGCGCCAGGGGAGGGAGAGCGAGGAAAAAUAAAAGAGAGAGAGAGAAAUUUUUAAAAGGGGGCCGGAGCACGACUGCAAGAAGCGGAGAAGGAGACCUAGCAAGAGAGUGGAGCUCUCCGGGAAGAGAAAGGGGGGACAGGAGGAUAGACAAGGAGAAGCAAGGAGAGAGGAGAGCAGGCAGGCUCCUCACCCGCUUGCCUUUUUUUUUUUUUUUUUUUCUUUUUGCAAGAAGGAGCAGCUAGCGGCAGCCUCACACGCGAGCGCCACGCGAGGCUCCCGAAGCCAACCCGCAAAGGGAGGAGGGGAGGGAGAAGGAGGAGGAGGAGCGGUGGGAGGCGGAGGGAAGACAUUGCCACCUUCCAUUUCCCCCACCCUCGGGAGUCUCCUCUUUUUUUUUCUUUUUCUUUCUUCCUUUCUUUUUUUCUCUUUUUUCUUUUUUUAAAUUUCGCCCCGAACACCUUCUUUUCCGUCCCUUUCCUCUCUUCCUUUGCGUUUGUCCCCGGCGCCUCCGCUUUCCUUCUGCUCCCUCCUCCCCGCGGUACCCCUCCUCUCCAUCCCUCCCUGUCCCGGCUUCCACAUCUCUGGCGGCCCAUGGAGAGCCCCUCCAAGAUGGAAAGCACCGGGGUCAGCCAGCAGCCUCCGCCGCCGCCGCCGCCGCCGCCGCAGCCCCAGGCGCAGCCGCCCCAAUCUCAGCCGCCCCAGCCGUUCUUGCAGCCCGCCGCCUGCUUCUUCGCGGCUGCAGCGGCGGCGGCGGCGGCAGCGGCGGCGGCGGCCGCCCAGAGCGCGCAGCAGCAGCCGCCGCCACCGCCGCAGCAACAGCAGCCGCAGCCCCCGCCGCCGCCGCAGCAGCUGAGCCCGGCCGACGGCCAAGCCUCGGGGGGCGGUCACAAGUCAGCGCCAAAGCAAGUGAAACGGCCGCGCUCCUCGUCGCCCGAGCUGAUGCGCUGCAAGCGGCGCCUCAACUUCAGCGGCUUCGGCUACAGCCUGCCCCAGCAGCAGCCGGCCGCCGUGGCCCGGCGCAACGAGCGCGAGCGCAACCGCGUCAAGCUGGUCAACCUGGGCUUCGCCACGCUGCGGGAGCACGUCCCCAACGGCGCGGCCAACAAGAAGAUGAGCAAGGUCGAGACUCUGCGCUCGGCCGUCGAGUACAUCCGCGCCCUGCAGCAGCUCCUGGACGAGCACGACGCCGUGAGCGCUGCCUUCCAGGCGGGCGUCCUGUCGCCCACCAUCUCUCCCAACUACUCCAACGACUUGAACUCAAUGGCCGGCUCCCCGGUCUCGUCCUACUCGUCCGACGAGGGCUCCUACGACCCACUCAGUCCAGAGGAACAAGAACUUCUGGACUUUACAAACUGGUUCUGAACGCCUUCUGCAGCCCAGGCCCGAGGGAAAGCCAACUUUUGGAGCAGGGUGACCGGAGAGAACCUGCCUCUUUAGCAUUUUAUUUUCUCCGCCAGAGACACUGGGAGGAAGAAGACGAAAUCGGCUCCCCUUCCCCCAAACAGACAAAAAACAAAAAAACAAAAACAAAAAAACACCAUGCCUAAAGUUGCGUGUCUCCAACCCCCCAAGAUGCCCCGAAGUACGGCUCGGCACUACGCUAGUAUCUUUGCACCGCGAUUCCUGAAGAGGAGGAUGAACAUUGACUUAAGGGCCUCUGUUGUGGGGGGCGGGGUUGUGGGCAGAGAAGCCUAUGAGCGGCCCAGUGGCAAUGGAGUCAGAAGGGGGGGAGGGGAGAUAGCACAUGUUUAUCGUAUACAUAUGAACGCUAACAUACAAGCCUAGAGCCUAAAACACCCCCUCCCAACUACGCCCCCGUCCCAGACCCCGAACUCCAAACCCAUCACCCAAAGUACACUUCUUAAUCCUUCAAGAACGGAUGCCGGUGGUCCUUCCUCUUUGACUCACUAUGGACCUACAUUUACUUCCCCCAUCAAUUUGUCUGCAAUGAAACUAUGCUGUAUUCAAAGAGUCCUUUGAAAUCACCCUCUCCCAGUCCUCCCUUCCCCCUCCUGACUCAGACCUCCCCCCCCCUUCUUCUUUCCUUGACAUCUUUUCUACCGUAUUCAUCUUAAAAUGCUUCCAAUCUUUUGUGAAUUUUUUUUUUUAUUAUGAGAAAAUCUAUUUGUAUCUAUCCUAACCAGUUUGGGGAUAUAUUAAGAUAUUUUUGUAUAUAAGAGAGAAAGAGAGAGAGAAAAGAGAUUUAUAGAAGUUUUGUACAAAUGUUUUAAAAUGUGUAUAUCUUGAUACCUUAAUAUGUGAUGCUUAUUACCUCUGCCUGUUUUAGAUAAGUAGUCACCACCACAACUGCCAUCUUUUGUAUAUGGUUGUGUAAAGGACCUCCUUACAGGUGGGAUGGAGAGGCUGCCGGAUGUACUUUAGCACCAAUGUGUCUUACUUUAUAGAAACUUUGUUAAUGUAUUAAUAAUGUUAAACCCUGUCGGAGGAGGGGACGAAGUUUAUGCAGCUAUUGUCCAAACGCAAAAAAAAAAAAAAAAAAAAAAAAAAAAAUGGUAGCCAUUGGUUUUCCUAUUGCUGCCUUGUUUUGGGAGAACUUAAGACCACUGCCUAUUUUUCUUACUGUUUUAUUACAAACUUACAAAGUUCCUGUAUAACCCUGUUUUAUACAAACUAGUUUCGUAAUAAAACUUUUUGGUUUUGUUUUUGUUUUUUUA